GACAGCAAUAUUUACACAAAAUGCACUAUUUCAAAUAUUAUUCAAGCGUGAAAAAUGCUAUAUUUCUUCCAAAGAUAUAGUUUUUGAUUUGUUAAGCCAUAAUGCCGAUAGCAGUAGGAUUAAACGGUUUUGGACGUAUUGCUAGAAUUGUCCUGAGGACGUGUUUUAUGAGAUCCAAUAUUGAGAUAAUUGCAAUAAAUGAUCCAGUCAUUGAUAUCGAGUAUAUUUGCUAUCUCAUAAAAUUCGACUCAACUCAUGGCAAGUUCAACAGUGAGAUAUCCUUUUCUGUUGAUGAAAUAAUAAAUAACGGAAAAAAGAUAAAGGUCUUUCACGAAAAGUACCCUUCUUCUAUUCCCUGGCACACGUUAGGAGUGGAGUAUGUUGUUGAAGCAUCUGGAAUGUUUUCUAAUAUGGAUAAGGCUUCGGGCCAUUUAAAUGGCGUUAAGUGUGUAUUGGUAACGACGCCUAGUGUCGACAUCCCUAUGCUGAUCCUUGGGGUCAAUGAAGAUCUCAUAGAAAAAGAUGAACGAGUAAUAUCAUGUGCAUCAAGCACAUUGUACUGUUUGGCGCCCAUUGCGAAAGUUAUAGAGGACAAUUUCGGCGUAUGUGAGGGGUUUGUCACCAGUAUACACGCUAUGACGCCAUCUUUGAAGCCGUUGGAUGGACUGUGUUUAAAAGGGCGGCACUGGCGUGACCAUAGGGGCAUUCAUCAGAACAUAAUACCAGCUGCCACGGGCGCUUGCAAAGCCCUGGGCAAAAUUAUACCAUCGUUAAACGAUAAGUUUUGCGGCUUGACGUUCAGAGUUCCUACAGUUAAUGUGUCUGUUCUGGAUAUUACUGUGAAACUCAACAAAAGCACAAAUAUACAAGAAAUUGCUGUACUAAUAGAAAAAGAAGGUAACGAUAAAAUGAAGAAUAUCAUAAGUACUUCUUAUGAUGAAGCAGUGUCCUCAGAUUUCAUUAACGACGAGCACUCUUGUAUUCUAGAUGUUAAUUCAAGUUUAGAGCUAACACCUAAAUCCUUUAAACUAAUAUGUUGGUACGAAAAUGAAUAUUCAUAUGCGUGUAGAGUUAUUGAUACAAUAUUUUUUCUACAACAACGAUUCGAAACCGAAAAUCCUACCAAAUUAAGUGUAAGGCUACAAUCAGAAUCAGCAUGUGAUGUUUUUAAAAAUUAUGGUAAUGAAAAUCAUACAUUUAGAAAUAAAAUAAACACGAUUGCCGUGGGAACUGAUCUCGAAGAUAACUGGAAUAAAAAUAUACCAAACGUGCCACUCACUAAACCUCUUGACAAGCAAUCAGGUCAAGAUACAGAAGAAAAUGUAGACGAAGAAAAAAUAGUUAAAAAUAUAGUGUAUGAUGACGAUUUUGACGAGAAAUCAGGUCAAGAUGUAGGACAAAAUGUGGGGAAAGAAAUGAUAAUUAAAAAUAUAGUAUAUUAUGAUCAAGGUAACAUAAAUAUUUCACAUGUUGAUGAACAAUCGAAUAAAAUAAUAGAAAAUCGAGAGAGGCUGGAGUCUGCGAAAAAGGAGCUAGCCAAGAUUGCAAGUAAAACUGAAGACUUGUUGAAAGAAACAGGCUACGAAAAAGUUAAGGAAACUAGUACUGUCCUUGAGCCAUCAAGAAGUGCUAAAGCGCCAAGUAAUCCCAAUGACAAAAACACAGAUAGCAUUGCUAUCGUAAAGAAUGUGGAUUCAUUAGUAAACAUUUUGUGUGGUAUAAAAACACAAAACACUAAAGAAACCACCAGAGAAGAGACAGAUGCUACAUACGAAAGCAUUAUCGAAGAUUUGAUCGUUGAAGAAAAUAUUAUGGACGUUGAACCAAAAAAUCAGACAAUUACCACACAUAAUAUUGAAGCUUCAAUUAUAAUCAGCGAUAAAAGCGGCAAGGAACAUACAAUAGUAUCGAUAAAACCAAACAAAACUACGCAAAGUAUUAAUAGAAACAUAAACAGAACUAGUCGUAGUCAUGAACAUUUUAACUGUGACAAAAUAUCUGGAAGAAAUAGUAGUGAACAAAAUGAUAUAGCUUACCCGUUAGAAUUUCGAAACAAGAGGCAUAUUUCUAGGAACAUUAAAAUUAAUAAAAUAGAAAACGGCGUUGAAAAUAAGAAAAGUAAUAUAAUACUCGAAUCAUCUAUUUCUUUAGACUCUAAAAAGCUAUUGAAAUUAGAUAAAAAUUAUUCCGAUGAUGAGAAACCACAAAUAAGCGAACAUAGAGAGAGUAAUAAAAACGAAAUGAUAAAGAAAAAGAUAUUGUCAAGUGUUUUAGAAACAUCGAAUGGUGAUGUGCUGCCUGCAUUUGAUUACUUUAAGCUUAUAAAUAAAAGAGAAUGUAUAACGAAUGAUAAUCUUUUGGAUAAACUAGCAAGUGAAACCGACUCGGACUUUUCAUUUCGGACGGACGAAACCAAAUCUCAGAUAAUAGACAUAACAGAUUUUUCUAGCUCCAGUGACGAUUUGGCGCGUAUAGACAAAAUAUGUAAAAUCAUAGAAAUAUCUGACGAACUGUCGGACGAAUUAUUCUCAGCUUUAACUGUCGACAGCAAAUCCGGCAGAAAGAAAUGGUCGUUUAAAGAAUUGUGUGAAAAAAUAAAAUUGGAUGAAUUUUGUGAGAAGAUCUUCGGACAUUCAGUUAACCAAAAUUAAAAGAAAUAUCUUUACAUUGAAAUUGUUUAUUUUAAGGCACUUAAAAUUACAAAAUUCUUAUAUCAAGUGUUUAAAAUUUAAAUUUUGUAUAAAAAUAUA